AUGGAAGCCAAACUAGCGGCCCUAGAAGAUGAUGGCUACUUUGAUCUUGGGACCUAUCAUCGCCCCAUUACAACAGAUAGUCCUGACGCCCAGCGAUGGUUUAACCGAGGUCUCAUUUGGGCCUACGGCUUCAACACGCAGGAGGCGUCAAGCUGCUUUGAGAAGGUUAUCCUAGCAGAUCCCAGCUGUGCCAUGGGAUACUGGGGACUAGCAUACACCCGCGGCCCCUACUAUAACAAAGCGUGGCGUUUGUUUGAUCCCGAGGAUCUCAAGACGUCCCUUGACGCCACUUAUACCGCAUCGCGAAAGGCUUUGGAACUCGUGGAAAAUGCCAGUCCGGUCGAACAGGCUCUCAUCCAUGGGCUCGUUGCACGAUUUCCACAGCGCACUCCGACAGAAGACUAUUCGGUAUGGAAUCGCGCGUACGCUGAUGCCAUGGGAGUUGCCUACGAGCAAUUCGGCGACGACUUGGACGUCGCUGCCCUCUAUAUCGACGCCCUCAUGAAUCUCACUCCAUGGGCAAUGUGGGAUCCAUACAGCGGCAAACCAGGACCCAACUCUCGCGCUUUUGAAGCUGAGGCAGCUAUUUCGAGAGCUCUGAAGCAAAAAGGCGCCAGCGAGCACCCGGGAUUGCUUCAUCUGCAUAUCCAUCUCAUGGAGAUGUCGCGCACGCCUGAAGCCGCCGUUCCUUCGGGCAACUUUCUAAGGGGACUUGUACCCGACUGCGCUCAUCUGAAUCAUAUGCCCUCACAUCUCGACAUUCUCAUUGGAGACUAUCAAGCCUCCAUUACCGCCAACACCGUCGCUGUCAAAGCUGAUCGGGAAUUCGUAGAUAGGGUCGGUGGCAUGAGCAUGUAUUCUCUCUACCGAGGCCACAACUAUCACUCUCUAAUCUACGCCGCCAUGCUAUCCGGGCAGUCGAAAAUCGCCAUUGAAAACUGCGAACACAUGGAGGAUGCACUCCCCGCAGAGCUGCUCUCCAUCAAAUCCCCGCCCAUGGCAGACUGGUUGGAAGCUUUUAUUGCAGUCCGACCUCACGUCUUGAUCAGGUUCGGCCGCUGGGACGACAUCAUCAAUCUCGAGCUUCCGGCAAAUCAGUCUCUCUACUGCGUCACAACCGCCACAAUUUAUUAUGCCAAAGGUGUCGCUUUCGCCGCUACAGGAAAAAUAGACGAGGCGUUGAUACAACAAAGCCUAUUCAGAGAAGCUGUAAGGCGUGUACCUCCCUCACGAAUGGAUUUCCCAAACACUUGCAUCGACAUCCUAGCAGUCGGCGAAGCAAUGCUGGCCGGCGAGAUUGAAUACCGCCGCGGUAAUUACGAACUGGCCUUUGAUCAUUUGCGUCGCUCGAUCGACCUAGACGACCAUCUCAACUACAGCGAGCCAUGGGCUUGGAUGCAGCCGUCUCGACACGCCUACGCGGCGCUGCUGCUGGAACAGGGCCGCGUCGAAGAAGCCGCCAAGGCGUAUGCAGAGGACCUUGGAUUCGACGAGUCUCUGCCGCGUGGCCACCAACAUCCGAAUAACAUUUGGGCGUUGCAUGGCUACCAUGAGUGUUUGACGUUGCUGGGACGAACUGCUGAAGCCAAGAUGCUUGAGCUGCCACUAAAGUUGGCGACGUGGUUAGCUGAUAUCACUGUGCAAUCGUCCUGUUUCUGUCGGACGGUCAGCCAGGGCGACGCUCAGAAUGGUGUGACGGCGAAUAGCAAUGGCAGUGGCUGUUGUUCGUGA